AUUCUGGUUGACAUUACCCUAUUGCCUGAGUUCAGCCAACGGUUGGUCGGCCAUUCUUGUCGAGAAAUUUGUCACACCCUAGAAUUAAUGGCGAAGUUUUCUUGAUUUUCGACGUUUUUCUUUAGUGUUUAACAAUUUUGAAAUACGGAUCGUAAACGGGAAUAUUUCAAGAUUAUAUCUGAUCAUUUUGGUGGCAAUUGGUUAUUAAUAAGCUGUGUGUUAAGCUCGUUGAAGUUCAAUAAUAUUUAGCAGGAGUUGAUCGGCAAGCAAAUAGAGUUAUCGUAGUUCAAUCAUGGGCAAGUUACUGUCCAAGAUCUUUGGUAACAAAGAAAUGAGGAUUCUUAUGUUAGGAUUGGAUGCCGCAGGAAAAACCACUAUUUUGUAUAAAUUAAAACUUGGUCAGUCAGUGACAACAAUUCCAACUGUAGGUUUUAAUGUGGAGACAGUGACUUAUAAGAAUGUGAAAUUUAAUGUUUGGGAUGUUGGUGGGCAAGAUAAAAUUCGUCCCUUAUGGCGGCAUUACUAUACUGGUACACAGGGUUUGAUAUUUGUUGUUGAUUGUGCAGACAGGGAUAGAAUUGAAGAAGCUCGACAGGAACUUCACAGGAUUAUUAAUGAUAGAGAAAUGAGGGAUGCAAUCAUAUUAAUAUUUGCUAACAAACAAGAUUUACCAGAUGCAAUGAAACCACAUGAAAUUCAAGAAAAACUUGGCCUUACUCGAAUGAGAGAACGAAAUUGGUAUGUUCAGCCAUCUUGUGCAACUACUGGAGAUGGUCUUUAUGAAGGGUUAACUUGGCUCACAUCUAAUCACAAAUCGUGAGUAAUCAACUCAGCCUUUGCAGAAACUGAGAUAAAGUAUUCUAGACAAUAAAUGUGUAUGAUAGAACGAAAAAGAUAUUUUGUAAAGUGCAAUUAAUGUGCACUAUGUGCUCAAAGUUUGCUGCUACAUUGGUUGAGCCAAUGUGUACAAGAAAGCAUUUUUCAUAUGCUUUUGGACAUGUAGUAUGUUGUCUUCUUUAGAAGUCAAUGGAACAUUAUAUGACUAGGUAUUAUUUUUUGAUCAAUUUGCACUGAUAAUCACAAUUAUUUCAAUUGUGCAUUACCACUCGCUCUGUUUAAUGGUUUGUCAUGCUGGAAAAAAACUGACUUUUCUGUACAGAUAUCAAAGAAUGCAAUUCUUUAUUUAUCUUGUAUUUCUCUUUCCUUGUAACCAACAAAACCUUAAGAAUUUUAAGUGCUACUCUACAAUUGGGAUUAUUCUGCAUGAAUUUUACUCAACAUGCAAUGAUUGGUAUUACCUACACAACUUGUAAAUUAAUGAACGCAUUAAUAGGAGAAAUAAAUUGAUGGCAAAAUUGUAUUGUUUUAAUGAGAA